AUGGCGGAGCGCCCGGACUGCGGCGGUUCCCUCCACGCUGCCAAGAGGUCAGCAGCGGGCAGCAAGAGCCGUCACAAGAGCUCCGGAAGCCGCCGGGUGAAACUGGAGAAAGUUCUGGGCAUCAGCACGGCCAGCGGCAGCGCUUUGGCGUCCGACCCCAACUCCGGGCUUGUGUGUGGUCGUGUUGCUCCACCCGCAGAUCAACAAACAAAGCCACAUCAUCAACAUGUCCAGGUGCUUCCUCCCUUCCCGUUUUGGUCGCUGGUCGGCCCGUUCAACAGAAAACCUUUCAGCGCUUUGGCCUUCUCCUGUGAUGGCAAACAUCUGGUCACUGGGGAGCGUGGUCACCUGCCGUGCGUGCGGGUGUGGCAGGUGGACGAUGGCGUGGAGGCGGCCGAUGUCCAGAAUCACAAGUGCAGCGUUUCCUGCGUGGCGUUCUCCACGGGUGGCAACUACGUGGUCUCCGUGGGAGACCAGUACGACAUGAACGUGUGUGUGUGGGACUGGCGGAAGGGCUCCAUCCUGGCCUCCAACAAAGUGUCCAGCAGCGUGUCGGCCAUUUCCUUUUCCGAGGACGGCAGCUACUUUGUCACGGCCGGCAAAAGACAUGUCCGGUUUUGGUACCUGGACGCCUCCAAGGAGCGGCGGGGCACCGGCACGGCGCCUCUGAUGGGUCGCUCGGGGUUGCUGGGCGACCACCGGCAGGCCGUCUUCAGCGGGGUGGCGUGCGGUCGUGGCGCCGCGGCGGCCGGCACCUACGCUGUCACGCGGUCCGCCCUCCUGUGUCGCUUCGACGCCGGUCGGCAGCUGGAAGCCUGGGUGCGCCUCAAGGCGUCGUGCGCGUGUAGCGUGGAGGUGACGGAGGACUUUGUGUUUUGCGGUUGUUCGGACGGUUUGGUGCGCGUUUUCUCGCCGUCGGACCUGCGUUACAUCACCACCCUGCCCUACCCGCACCGCAUGGGGGUGGAGCUUAUGCUGCCCAGCCCGUCGGGUUCCAGGCUGAGCCGUUAUCCCGACGCGGUGGCUCUGACCUUUAACCCCAGGGCACGACAUCUGACGUGCGUGUACGCCGACCACAGCGUUUACGUUUGGGACAUCGGCCAGCUCAGGAACGCCAACCAGAUCCACACAGCCCUCUACCACAGCGCCCCCGUGUGGAACAUACAGGUGUGUCCAGAGCAGUCCGAUGCGUCUCGGUCCUGUCUGCCGCCAUCUUCGUUCCUCACGUGUUCGUCAGACAACACCAUCAGGCUGUGGCACGCCGACUCCGCCGCGCCGUACAACAACCUCUAUAGCAACGUAGCGCACGCGCAGGACCUGCUGAGGAUUUUAUACGUGGGGGACAACGCUCCGGCAGACCGGGAGGAUAAGUCGGAGGCCGCUGACGACAAGUCCGCCAUCAGAGUGCUGCGCCUCGGUCCCGACGGGCGACGGCUGGCCACCGGAGACCUCUGCGGAAUCCUGCGCAUCUUUGAUUUGGAGUUUCUGGACGAGCUGGUGAAGAUUGAGGCGCAUGACUCUGAGGUUUUGGCUCUGGAGUUCUCGCCGUCCUCUGCAGGCGUGAAGCUACUCGCCAGUGCCGGCAGGGACCGACUCGUUCGAAUCUUCAACCUGGACCGCGACUUCCGUCCGGAGCAGACCAUCGCCGACCACUCCGCGCCCGUCGUCGCCGUCAAGUUCGCAGGCGACGGUGCGCACAUCCGCCUGGUAAGCUGCGGGGCCGACAAGAGCGUCUACUUCUACUCUUACGUGCGCGAACCUCAUCGAACGGCGGAGGGAGGCGUGUCCUUCUGGCGGACGCAGCAAGUGGUGGAAAAGACGGCGCUGCACGACAUGGACGUGGACUCGUCCAGGACGCACGUGGCCGUCGCCUGUCAGGACAGAAACGUCCGGGUGUACAGCGUGGAGACGGGAAAGCUGAAGAAAUGUUUGAAGGACCCCGCAAGCAAAGGAGGAGCUUUGCUGAAGGUCCACGUGGAUCCGACCGGCUCCUUCGUGGCCACCUGCUGCUCCGACAAGAACAUCAGCAUCUUGGACUACCGGUCCGGCGAGCGCGUGGCCGCCCUGUUUGGGCAUUCAGAGCCGGUGACGUGCUUGCGGUUCAGCGCCGACUGCACGCGCCUGAUCAGCGCGUCGGGAGACGGUUGUGUGUUUGUGUGGCGGCUGGACUCCCGCAUGACCGCCACCAUGAUGAUGAAGAAAAGGGCCCUGAUGAAGAGCGCCGUCGCCGGCAUCAGGCGGGAAACCUUCGUCGUCGGGCCGUCCCGUCGGGACGAGGAGCGCCGAACGCCGUCCAGACCGGACCCCGAAGGUGGUGAUGUCGCCUACGGCGUCGUAGUCCCUCCACGAGUGAAUGUCUGGUGGUCUCUGAGUCUCGUUUUGUCCUUCCAGCAGGGCGAGGCGGCGGUCUCCUCGUACGUCCCGUCGGACGCAGAACCCGUUCCGGUGCGGAAUCGUUGGCUGGAAAAGAGUCCCCUCGUCAUCCUGGACUACUCUCCGAGUUCUAACGAAGACGAGGACGGGGAGGACGAAGACGAGGACUUUCAUCCGCAGAGUCUGGAAAGCCGGCUGAGAGACGAGGAAGACCGCGCCGAAGGCGAGCUCGGUGGGCCGGAGGAUCACGGGCUUACCCGGGUGCCGGUGUCGCGCGGAGAGCGCGGCGGGAGUCGGGAGCCGGACCGGCUUCCCCCUUCGUCCCGACGGCGCGACCUGCGACCUUCGACGUGACGACCCGUCUGCCGUCCUUCGCAGUGCGACUGAGCUUGUGGCCACGCCCCCUUUGUUGACGUCAACGGCGUGUUCUGGGAGAGGCGGCGGCGUUGACCGAUCCGUGUUUCCGCCAUCCUCACGGACGCUUUGAAGACGUUUGGCUUUUUCAUGUGGUCCUCUGCGCCUGAAUUUGCUUUUACUCACAAUUUCUUCAAUAAAGGUUGUCCGACGUU